AUGAUGCUCACCUUCUUCUUGCUAAUUCUCCUGGGGCUCCCAUGUGUGGACACUGCUGUCAACAGUUCUCUUGUGUUGGACGACAGUACCAUCGGUUUGGACAACAGUACCAGCGGGUUGAACAGUGUCAUCCAACCUAGGCAAAAUCUGAAGGGGGUAAUUCUCCACUUGGCAUCCUUUCUAGGUAUGAGCUCUCGGCAGCUCUUAAUCUACAAAGCUUGCAUUCGUCACUGCCCGUUUCUACAAAGUCCAGCUCCAAUGAUUCUUAGAAGGCUUGCAACCACCAAUAGUUUCUACUAUACUAAUUGCUGCACCGGCUUGUUUUGCAAUGAUGGAGGACCUACUAAUAUAGAGAGGGACUUGCUACCCCCUCGUGUGUUUGAGGAAGAUGUAAUUGCAAGAGCUGUGCAUCUGGGGCAAUUCAACCUUCUCCUCAGCCUUGUCUUAAUCCUCUCCAGCAGCAUACCAACCUGA